AGGACGGAAGUUUUCGAAUGAAGGCGCGCGGAAGCUGCAGUUUUUCCGCGAGCAGCAGCAGCAGGAGAAGAAGAGGAGAUGGAUGUUCGGAGGCUGAAAACUAAAGUUUCCGCUGGAUUUAAGAUGCGCGGAUUAAUGCUCCGCCCUGAAGCCAGCAGGUAUCUGGUCGAGGUCUUGGAGUCUGUCAAUGAAUUAGAGCUGGAUGACGUCAUCGAGCGGAUAUUGGAUGCGGUUGAAAAGCAACCUUUGUCCUCUAGCAUGAUUGAGCUCUCUGUAGCUGAAACAGCUGUGCAGGACUGCAGUCAGUCAUGUGAUGAAACCAUAGACAAUGUUUUCAACAUUAUUGGAGCUUUCGACAUACCUAGAUAUAUCUACAGCACAGAAAGGAAGAAGUUUGUACCUAUCAAUAUGACCAAUCAUCCUACACCCUCGUUAUGUGGCCAGGCUAGAGACAAGGCUGAACUCUUUCGGGAGCGCUACACCAUCUUACAGCAGCGGACUCAUAGGCAUGAACUUUUCACUGCUCCUGUAAUUGGCUCAGCCCCAGAUGAAGGGAGGAAUAAAUUCCAGUUAAAAACUGUGGAGGCUCUUUUAGGAAGCACAGCUAAACUGGGAGAAGUUAUUGUUCUUGGCAUGGUGACACAACUUAAAGAGGGAAAGUUUUUCCUUGAAGACCUGACUGGCUCUGUGCAGCUGAACCUUUCCAAGGCACAGUUCCACAGUGGACUUUACACAGAAUCCUGCUUUGUCCUGGCUGAGGGAUGGUAUGAGGACUCAGUCUUCCAUGUUAAUGCCUUUGGAUUCCCUCCAAUCGAGCCCUCCUCUACGACCAGGGCAUAUUAUGGUAAUGUCAAUUUUUUCGGCGGGCCGAGUACCACUUCAGUGAAGGCCUCAGCCAAGCUGAAGCAGCUGGAGGAAGAGAAUGAAGAUGCCAUGUUUGUUGUUGCUUCUGACGUUUGGCUGGACAGUGUGGAGGUCAUGGAAAAGAUUCAGACCAUGUUCUCAGGCUAUUCAGCAGCGCCUCCCACAUGCUUCGUUUUCUGUGGCAACUUCUCUUCGGCCCCGUAUGGCAAGAAUCAGGUCAAGUCAAUGAAAGAGUCUCUGAAAGCUCUCGCUGAUUUAAUUUGUGAACAUCCAAACAUCCACAACAGCAGCCGCUUUGUGUUUGUUCCUGGUCCUGAGGACCCUGGACCCAGUACUAUUUUACCUAGACCUCCCCUUGCUGAAAACAUCACAGAGGAGUUUAGGCAACGAGUCCCAUUCUCUGUGUUCACCACCAACCCUUGCAGAAUCCAGUACUGCAGUCAGGAGAUAGUUGUGAUCCGGGAAGACUUGGUCAACAAGAUGUGCAGAAACUGUGUGAGACUCCCCAGUGGCAAUCUCGACAUUCCCAACCAUUUUGUGAAGACCAUCCUGUCUCAGGGUCAUCUGACUCCUCUGCCGCUUUAUGUCAGUCCAGUGUUCUGGGCGUAUGACUACGCGUUAAGGGUCUAUCCUGUUCCUGACGUGAUCAUCUUUGCUGAUAAAUACGACCCUUUCAGCAUCUCCAGCUCCGACUGCCUCUCCAUCAACCCGGGCUCUUUCCCAAAAAGUGGCUUUUCAUUUAAGGUGUACUACCCAUCCAACAGAACAGUGGAGGACAGCAAACUGCAAGGACUCUGAAGCUGAAUGGACUACGUGAUUGUGGCUUUCCUGUUGUAUAGUUAUAACAGAUCUACCAAAAAGAUCUGCAUCAGUAUGUUUGUCAACUCUUAAGUUCCUCCUGUUUUUUGUGUAUCAAUAUAUCAUAAUAAAUUAAGUAUUUUUAGAAAAAAACAAA